AUGAUUAUUUCUGAAUCACAGAGUCAUCCACUCCUUCAAUCGAUUGCUGUUUCUGAUUUUUUAAAGCAAAGACUUCAACACCCGGUUGAUUCUAAUAGUGACGUAAAAUUUCAUGGAAUUUCUCAGGAUACCCAAACAGGUAGUUAUUUAAUGGUUAUGAAUUAUGUUGAAAGUGGUGAUUUAGGAUAA